AUGGUUAAUAUAAUGAGAGACAAAGCAAUGACUACCUCAACAAAAAUCAAUCAACUUCUUGCAGGGGGUAAAGUUCGUAUUGGCACUCGCGAAUACGAUGCACUUCAUCAAUGUGCUGAUUCAUACAAACAAAUUGCAACAUCUGAUUAUCGAAGAAUCCGUGCAAAUUUACCCAGAGGAGAUCCUAAAGUUUCAUUAGGUAUUGCAAAUGGUGUGUUAUGGAAAGUCGGUAAAUGUGAGGUGAGCUUUAAUGGGAAAUCAGGUGAUGCCACACCCCUCACUCAUGAGAAUGAUGAGAUGACACUUGUAGUAAGCAUAGCAGCGGACAUUGUCGAUUCAUUCAUUUCUGCAAACUAG